AUGACCAUGUUACUCACUUACUGCAUUUUCCUUUUUGGAGCAGCUGCAACAAUUCUCGGACAAACAGUCAGCCUCCUACUGCCGGGAUUUCAAGGGCGUGAAUUGGAAGCGAGCAUAUUAUCUACCGAUGAUGAAGCGACAACGUUCCUUGUGACUUGCCCUCAAACCGUCGCUGCAUCUGACUGCGGCGUUUCUGAAGCAGGAAUGACGGCUAUCCUUAAGGACUCCGUAAAGCUGGUGGAUGUCAACAAAAAGAAUAGCACCGCGUCCCUGUCGUGUCAUAUUACCGGAACAACUUACGCAUCCUGCUAUGCUACCAACAAGAUUUCGGUUCACGCCACACUAGCCCCGAAAGACCUCAACUGGAUGGCAAUACCAGUCAUGUCCGCGAUAUCAACUACAACAGGUGCAGUAAGCUCCUCAAUCUCCACCCAGCAAGUUAUGGUCACAUCUCCCGUGAAGCUGCCAUCAGGAACAGAAACGGCUACUACACUGGCAGCUCAGAGCCAAGGAACAUUCUGGCUCAAGACCUCAUGGGGCUUAUAUGCCACAAUGGGAUCGAUUAUGGCUGGAACUCCGGGAUACACCUUGCUUUUCCCAUUGAUGGGCUCGCAAUUUCAAUCUUGA